CAAAGGCGUGCAAGAACUAUGUUACAGUUAUUUCAUCAACUGUUUAUAUAUUAAGACUCAGUGUGUUACGUCCAGUUUAACGAUAUCAGAAAUUCGACCUUUUUUUGGGUGAGCUUUGCUUACUCCAAAAUUGUAUAUCUGUAGAACGACACCUUGGACUUAUACAGCGCCCAGAUUUCAACACUAUUUAUUACAAUGCUUUGAUAUACUCUACACUUUAUCCUGUCCAGAUGUGAGCAAUGUAGUAGUCCUGACUGCGAAAGAACACAGUUUUUAGGAAGUACUACCUUAGCUGGCAGCCAGUUUGGCUUGCCAGCAUUCAGUUCUAGGGCUGACCCUGAAGUCCGCGAUUGCAUGGAGCAUUGGAGGUAAAAGAGAUGGAGGCACCAAUAGGCUAGUUACGGAAUGUAUCACUGAAAGCGAGCAACGCGGUUGCGGGAUUUACGGAGAGAUCGAUAUAUACCCAAAUGUGUCGGAUUGACAGUUCGGGAACUGUCAUAUUUGAUUCAGUGAUGAGACAGUUGGCAUUCUGGGUUAUUGCAGUCAGUCUAAACUUACAUGGUUCAAACCUGGAUGUCGCUUGAUUUUCAGAAUGUUCAGAGCAAGACACUUAAGGGUAAAAUUUUUAGCGACAGGGGUGAUAUUGCUAUUGUCACUGUUAUACAUACACAACAUUACUUUUGCAAGGACGGGCAUAACACCUUCUUCCCUGGUGUUUGGGAAAUGCUGGGCCAAGACAUAUGAACGGUCAAAGGCAUCCCAAAUAAAAUCACUUCCCCAUGCUUUUAAACGCUCGAUUCCUUCACAAAAUCCAGCCUCACCCCUUAAUCAGGUGUUAAGAUCACGGUUACCUGUGAGCCAGGUGAACUGUAGUGCCCUGCUUGAUGGAGACAGAGAGGAACAAGACAGGGCAGAAGACAUCAUGGUUUCCAAUCAACGCACCUUUCUCUCACCACAAGACUUCAUGAAAAUGGCGGAGAACUGCAAAAUGUUUAGGAUUUCCAGAGGUUACUUUACCAGUCCUUUAAGCCCAGAAGAAGAAAACUUUUCUAUAGCUUUCAGUAUAAUUAUGUACCAAGAGAUUGAACAGGUGGAACGGUUGCUAAGAGCAAUUUAUCGCCCACAAAAUGUUUACUGUAUUCAUGUGGACAGAAAGUCACCAUUGGCUCUCCGACGUGGUGUGGAAGCAAUAACCAACUGCUUUGAUAAUGUCAUUGUUAUUAAAAAUCCAUUGAGUGUUGACUGGGGCCAAAUGAGCGUGCUGGAGGCUGAUCUUUUGUGUAUGCGUGCAUUGUCAGCAUACAAAAAGUGGAAAUACUUCAUAAACUUGACAGGGCAAGAGUUUCCCCUGAGAACUAACCGAGAACUUGUGAAGAUCUUACAGGAUUACAAAGGUGCCAAUAAUAUAGAGAUGCUCCGAAACAGGAAAUAUAGCUCCAGAGUCAGCAUUGCCAGUGUGCCUCCCCAUGGGAUCAAGGCAGUUGGAGGCUCACUCAAGAUCACAGCUUCCCGGGGCUUUGUCGAUUACGUUCUCCACAAUCAAACAGCUCAAGAUUUCUUACAAUGGGUGAAAAACACAGAAAUUCCAGAUGAGAUUUUUUUCCAGUCGCUGAACGCAAAUGCUCAUUUAAGGAUUCCAGGCACAUUUAAAGGUAAUACCGACAGCGAUGAUGAUCGUAACCCCCAACUGAGCCGCUUUGUUGUCUGGUAUCAUGCCCCUAUUCAAUACCCAUGUGAAGGCAAGUUUGUGCGGGAAGUUUGUGUGUUCGGAGUUAGAGAUCUUCCCAUGAUAAUUCUUCAGCCUCACUUAUUUGUUAAUAAAUUUCACUUGGAUUAUCAGCAGUUUGCCCAGGACUGCCUUGAAGAGUGGCAUUUCAACAGAACCAGAGACGAGUUUCUGUAUGAUCUCCAGUUUGAUGAUACUUGCUACAAAAAUCUCGAUUUUGUCAUCAAUCAAGUACAUGCAACUUGAGUACUAACUACCAUUGAUUCUAGUUGUGUAUUAAAUGCCAUGGGACCACUGUGCAAACAUUCAGUACAGUCAGUUUUUUGGCUCUUUUCCUGGUGCAUGUAAAUGAUGUCGUGUUGGAGGGCUGCAGGCUGGAUGAUGUCAUUUACGAAGAAAGCUACAAGAAAUUUUAUUUAUUUAAAGUUUUGUGAAAGUGACCCUCUGGUAUCUCUCACAGGAAGGGCUUCAUCAUUCCAAAACAAAGAGUAAUACUCCGUUCAGACAUUGAGCUGGCCUUUAAAGUGCCUUUAAUCCAUUUUCAGGGCUUAAUGAGUCAGUUUGUCUGUGAUGUAGGAGUGAUAACUGGAUCAAAUGUUACUCAUUUUUUCGCAUGACAUUGCUGUACUGAACUGGUUUAAAUGUGAUCGUGUGAACAGAUAAAUGGGUGAACUGUCCUAAGUCUGACUUGACUACCUGGCUGUGGGAAUGUAUGCAUUUUCACAACUGAUUGCGAUUUAAACCAGUUUAGAUUUGAACUUAAAGGAUACAUGAAAGGCUAUGGUUUUAUUUCUUAAUGUGCAAACAAUCAUGUGCAAUAACAUAUAACGGUACAAACAAAUUUUUUAACUUUCAUUUUGGACGGGUAAAAAUGGCUUCAAAGCACAGUUUUCUUAAGGCCUCAGUGGUCAGUCCGGAAGUUAAGUAGCUUGCAGCGGUGACUUCAGUGAUGAUCCCUGCUUAAAAAGAACUCUGU